AUGAAGACCAAGGAGCUCUCCAAACAGGUUGUUGAGCCUUUGAGGGUUGUGGAGACUGAGGACUGUGUUGAACCUAAGGAGUGUGUGGGGACUGACGGAAGUGUGGGGACUGACCUGUGUGUGGGGACUGAGGUUUGUAUGGGGAUUGAGGUGUGUGUGGAGACUCAGGAGAGUGUGGGGCAUGAUGAGAGUGUGAGACAUGAAGAGAGUGUGGAGUAUGUGGAGAGUGUGGAGUAUAAGGAGUAUGUGGUAACUGGGCAGAGACUGACUGUGUCGCACAAGAUGGAGAGGGGAAAUCUGCUGCAACACAUGGGUCACCCUUCCAAACCAACCAUUUCAGGUAUCUCAAAACUACUUGCGUGUGUCAUUCCUAUCGCUCAGAUCACCAUAGGUGCAGUGUACCUGUAUGACUGCCCCCGGCAGCACUACAUCCCCAUUUACCUGGUGGUAAUGGGGGCCUCCGGCCUGGCCCUAGCCCUGCUCUCCUGCCUAUCAUGUGCCCAGGACUCAGAUGACAUGGCCCCCAACCUCCUGAACCACCUCUGCACCACCUGGAGCACCCUGGCCUCCCUCUUCCUCUUCUGCUGGUUCAUCAGCGGUAACGUGUGGAUCUACUCCAUCUAUCAGCCCAAUUUCAACCAGACACUGACUGAGGACCCCUACUGCAACAAGACCCUGUACCUGUUUGCCUUCUGGACCACCACUCUAGCCUACGUUGUGCUGGGCCUUCUGCUGCUGGGGGAAUGCUGUAUGCUUGUCUGUGCCUUUAUACUGGGCAAGAGGGACCCUGAUGACAACAGAUCAUGAGGGAGAGGAGGGGAGGAGAAGAGACAACAAUACAAGACAGGAGCAGAGGAAGAUGGUAUUGGAGAGGAGGAGAGGGGAGGAGAGGGUGUAUAAUGUUUACUAAACAUUAUAAUCACAAUUUCAGCAAUAUGACUGAUUAUGUUUAGUAAUAAUAGUAAUAAUAACAUAAUACAAUGUUGAAGCAGUUGUUGUUACAGAGUACCAGUGUUGUAUUGUGACUGGAUCUCAAAUUCACCAUGCAGACUGAUGAGAGAAAAAUAAACUACCUGGACAUUGUUGGAUUCGGGGUUAAACUUGGAACAUUGUUGAAUUAAACUCAGAAGUAUAGAAGUGCAGAAGUAUAGGAACAUAUUCCCUCCGCAAGGCAAUCAAACAAGCUAAGCAUCAGUACAGACACAAAGUAGAGUCUCAAUUCAACGGCUCAGACACGAGAGGUAUGUGGCAGGGUCUACAGUCAAUCACAGACAACAAAAAGAAAACCAGCCCCAUCGGGGACCCCGAUGUCUUGCUCCGAGACAAAC